AUGAACAUAACACUAGCCUUAACCUUAACCUUAGCAUUUCUCUGCAUAUCACCAUCAUUAACACAUAGUGCACCACAAAAUGAUACACACGCCCUCACUGAAUUCCGUCUCCAAACCGAUUUCCACGGCUACCUCGUCGGUAACUGGACCGGCGAGGAUGCAUGCAACUCCGCAUGGCAUGGAGUUGAAUGCUCCCCAAACGGCAGAGUUGUAGCUCUUUCCGUCCCUUCCCUCAAUCUCCGAGGUCCUGUUGAUUCACUCUCAACGCUAACCUACUUACGAUUCCUUGACCUUCACGAUAACCGCUUGAACGGAACCAUUGUUCCUCUCUUAAACUGUACGGAUCUCGAACUACUCUAUCUCUCAAGCAAUGACUUCUCCGACGAGAUUCCGCCGGAGAUAUCGUCCUUACGGCUUCUCAUCAGACUUGACAUGUCUGAUAACAACAUUCAUGGUGAAAUUCCUAAAGAGCUUUCGAAAUUGAAAUAUCUCCUCACUCUCCGUUUACAGAACAACGAACUCUCCGGUGAAGUUCCGGAUCUUUCUUCUUCUCUACUCAAUCUCAGAGAACUCAACAUUACUAAUAACGAACUCCAAGGACGCUUACCAGACGCCAUGCUUACGAAAUUCGGCAACAAAAGCUUCUCAGGCAACGAUGGUCUUUGCGGAUUGACACCAUUACCAAAUUGUCCAGUCACCGAAGCUCACGCUCCUCCUCCUUCUGAUGACGAUGGUGGUUCUGAAAUUGUUCCUUCAAACCCUAGCUCUUUGCCAAAAUCAAGUAGAAAUGCUAACGGUAACAUUCCAUCUGAAACUCCUUCGAGCAAACGGAAAAUGUUGAGUCCCGGUGCCAUUGUGGCGGUUACCGUGGCAAUUUCCGUGGCAUUAUUAGUGGUGGUUUCUUUCAUGGUGGCGCAAUGUUGCGGAAGAGGAGGAAGAUCUAACUCAACUGUUGGGAUGGAUAGCGAAAAGGGAAAAAGUGAUAGUAGCAGUGGAAGCGAGAAAAAAGGCUAUGGCCCAAAUAGCAACAACGGUGGUGUGGAUAGAGAUAGUGAUGGAACAACCGAAACAGAAAGAAGCAAACUAGUAUUUUUCGAUAGGAGCAAUGAGUUUGAGCUUGAAGAUUUGCUUCGAGCUUCGGCGGAGAUGCUGGGGAAGGGUAGUUUGGGAACUGUUUAUAGAGCCGUUCUUGAUGAUGGAUGCACUGUUGCUGUUAAGAGACUCAAAGAUGCUAAUCCAUGUGACAGGAAUCAGUUUGAACAAUACAUGGAUGUUGUUGGAAAGCUUAGACACCCUAAUGUUGUUAGACUCAAAGCUUAUUAUUAUGCUAAGGAAGAAAAGCUUCUGGUUUAUGAUUAUCUCUCAAAUGGAAGCUUAUAUUCUCUUCUUCAUGGGAACCGUGGUCCGGGACGGAUUCCGUUAGAUUGGACCACAAGAAUAGGCUUGGUGUUGGGGGCAGCAAGAGGCCUAGCAAGGAUUCAUGGAGAGUAUAGUGCAGCCAAGAUACCUCAUGGGAAUGUAAAAUCUUCCAAUGUACUACUCGACAGGAAUGGGGUAGCUUGCAUAGGUGACUUUGGCUUGUCACUAUUAUUGAACCCUGCUCACGCGGUCGCGAGGCUGGGCGGGUCUAGAGCUCCCGAGCAAGCGGAAGCGAAGAAGCUUUCACAAGAGGCGGACGUGUAUGGCUUCGGGGUGUUGGUGUUGGAAGUUUUAACAGGAAAAGCUCCUUCCUGUCAGUACUCUUCUCCAAUAGGAGUUCGUCCUUGUGUGGAAUUCGAGGAAGAAGAAGCGGAUCUUCCGAAAUGGGUUCGGUCGAUUGUGAAGAAAGAGUGGACAUCAGAAGUGUUUGAUCAGGAACUUUUAAGGUACAAGAACAUCGAAGAGGAGCUUGUUUCAAUGCUGAAUAUAGGACUAGCUUGUGUUGUGUCACAACCUGAGCAAAGGCCAACAAUGUUGGAAGUUGUUAAGAUGAUUGAGGAUAUAAGAGUGGAACAAUCUCCUCUAAGAGAGGAUUUCGAUGAAUCUCGCACUUCGCUUUCACCUUCACUUGCUACUACCGAAGAUUGCCAAGCUUAA